AUGGUUAGAGGGUUAGACCUCAACCUUGACCCAGUCACGGAAUCUCACUCGGCCUCGGCGGCGGUACUUGAUUUGGUGCAAGCGCUCGAUUUGGUGGUGCAGGCAGAGGCAGUGGUGCAGGCAGAGGCGCAGGACUUGGUGCUAGUGCUCGAGUUGGUGCUGGAGGCGGUGCUGCUGGAUUUGGUGCAGGCGGUGGCGGAGGCGGCGGUGCGAAGUGAGGCGAGUGCGGGGUUGUGGAUUUGUAUGGCCGCAACCCGCAAAACACAGUUCGGUACAUACUACCCCAAGCCAUUAUGGUAG